UAUACUUCUUCUUCUUCUCAUAAAAGAGUAAAGGGUAAAGCUCCUGUUGCUCUGCAACUCUCACCAACUCUCUCUCUCAAAGAAGCUAAUAUCAUUAAAUUGAAGGCUCGCUUUAAUGAUUCUUACUGGUAGAAAAAUGUGAUUAUACAUCUCUGAAAUGUAUACAUCGAUGUUAAAUAUAUUGCGACUUUAUUUUUUGUUAUACUUGUUUUUUUUUUGUCUGAAAACCUUGUUCUGCGUUUGAUGAUUUUAAUGGAGGAAGCCUAGGCUUUUUCAGAGCUUUGAGAGAUGGAGAAUUCGUGGCAAGCUAAAUUUAGUUCGACCAUGCAGUCUUCAGCUCCGUCUGUGGCUUCCUCUUCGUCUCAGGAGCUCCGGAAUCAGGCUGAGAGGAACAGCCACUGUUAUCCCUAUCUCCACGAUUCACACGAUUCAAGACAGAAACUACUUGGAAUGGUGCAAGAUCCCCCAUUUACUAGCUAUCCAAAUCUAAUCCACCACAAAUUUGGUCAGGGUAAUCUUGGAAAUUCUUUUCUGGCCCUCCUGUCUGGGUCCCCAUCUCUCUUGCAGAAUGAUUUUAAAGAAUUACAGAACUCAAAACCUAUGAGUGAUAGUAAUAGUGUCGCUGUCAACAAUAUUGGAAGUGGGUUCCCAUUGACAUUUAGCAGGCUACAAUCAGAAUAUCCUAGUGAACAAAACCUGCAACAUGGAACAUAUUUUCGCCCCUCUAUCUUAAGUAGGGUGGUAGAAGGUUCCAAUUCUAGUAGCUGUUCCUCUUUCACUGGUUUUCGGAGUCAAUGCCCGGAAACAAGAGCCAUUCAUUGCAUGGUUCCUGGUAAUGAAAAUGCAAAUGUUUUUUCUUCAAUUGGGGAAUUGCAUGGUAUAAACACUUCAAAUGCCGGGAAGGUUUCUGUCAUGAAAGCUCAUACUUCGCAACUGAAGUCAUUAGAUGCAAACACUUCUCUUUCCAACCACUCGUAUAGUUUUUUGAGUGAUUGUCCACGAGUUCUUUGUUUGGGAACUGGUGGAUAUCUACUCAUCAGCAACACAGGUCUUCUUGGCAUUGUUUGCUCAUGCCAUUGCAUCCACAUGUCUGUCUUGAAAUUUUGUGAGCAUUCAGGAUUAUAUGAUACAAACCCUGGCGAUGCUGUUCGUAUGGACAAUGGUGAAACCAUAGCUCAGUGGCGGAAGUUCUACUUCCAGAAAUUUCGGAUUAGGGUUCCAGAAGAUCGAAGUGAUUGGGACUGGCCUGAUGGAUUAUCUGCAACUUCUGAUUUUAUGAAACCGAAGAUGACUUUGCCCAACGUUCCCAGCGUUUCAAGUAACUGCUCUCUUGUGGUUCAUCCAUCAGAAGGUUUAGUAUGGUCUGGGCAACUUUUUAACAAUGCUGUGUUACCAAGAAGUCUUCAUGCAGAGCAAUGUUAUCUUAUGGAUGCCUUACAAAAUAAACUCAAGAGCAAUGUUGAAGACAGUAACCACGUCAGCAGUUUCAUGGGAACUUCUCAGAACAAUUUUGAGUGCCGUCACUCUACAUGUUCAACAGUUUCAGGAUCUGUUGGUAGUGGUUUUCAAGAUCCCCAUCAGUCUAUUGUGGCUUCUAUUGAUUCUAAUUUGAAGAAUGGAAAUUCAUCAUUUACUGCUCCUGGUAUGCAGGAUGUGAGAACUAUGGGUGAAAGAUCUGAUUUCUGUAUGUUUAAAAAUGCAUCAGCUAGUGUCUUUGCAGGCAAGGAUACUGCCUUUUCAAAUGUUGAAUUGAAGCUUGGACAACCAUAUCAAAUUUCUAAAAAUUCCGAACAUUCAUCUUCUGGACCACAACUGCUGGAUGCAGUUGUGAAUCCAUCAAAGCUGCACCCCCGUGAGCAGAUGACACACAAUACAGACUGGGGCAAUGCGGGAGUUGGACAAUCUUUGUACUUUUCUGCUGGACCAUGUUCUUCCCUUGAAAAAAGAGAACGAAACCAGUUGAAUCUUGGUAAGGUCAACAACACUGCUGCAGUAGAGACAUCCAGAGGCAAUUUAUCUCAGAAUGCCGUGGUUUCUCUACUCACCAAUUUCAACCUGUUAGUUGGGAAUGGCAGUCAAGUAAAACCCAAUGAUAAUAUGACCAGUGUCAUAGAGCACACUGUUCCUGACACACAAUAUGAUGAACCUCGCUUUGCCAAGUUUGAUCAAUCUGAUGUUCUGUGUAACAGCAGGAAUGGUCUAGAAAGGCAGUUAAACAUCUCUGGAAUAGGUUCCCAUGGACUAAUGAUUGACAAGGGGAAAUGGGGAGGUUUUGUUGAGGGUGGAUCACACUUUGUGAAAGAUUCAGGGAGUAGAAUUCCAAAGCAAAUUGAGAUUUCAACCUAUCAUCCUCCACUUUCAGCUGCACAAGGAAGCAGCUGUAGUAUAUAUCAGUUGGCUAGUGUACCGCCUGAAGCACCUGAUACUAGAGGCGUAUCUAAUGAUGUUGAGAACAUCUGUACUUUUGGGAGUAGUCUGCAUGUUGAUCAUGUGAAUUAUAGUUCUUCAGCUUCACCCAUUGGGCAUGGGAUAACUACACCAUCUCAAGUGACAAAGGGAGUUCCUUUAGCUUCAUAUUCUUGUUUGGUGGAUCAGCCUUCAACUUUUCAUAGAGAAGAAAACAUUAGUGUUAGCUCUCAUCUGGUUGAUGAUAAUUUGAGAAUGCUUGCCCUGAGGCAAAUGCUGGGACAAAAACAUGCCUUUCCUUCUUUUGGAAUCAACAAAGGGAAUGGACGACGUGAAGGAGUUUCUUAUUUGCAUCAUUCUCUUGCUGAGUCGUCAGCACGUGGGGACCAGUGUAAUGGACCUGGUCAUACCAGUAGUAGAGAGGUUUUUGAAGCCCCCAAACCACACCCACCUUCAACUUGUGCUACUAGUGUGAGUGGCUGUUGUGAUUUAUCAUCACUGAUACGAGGAAGUUCAAUACAUUCUAAAGAAAUCGCUGUGCCAUAUCAGCUUUCCAGUGACCCUAUUCAAAAUGAGCAGCUCUCUAUGAGUAGAAGCGAAAAGAACAUUGCUAGACUAUCAGAGCAGGAAAAAUGUUCUGGAGUUCCUUCUACUUGUUUCCAGCGCAAUUGCAACCCAGUCCAUAAAAAUUGUUUGCAGAAUUUGGAGACUGUUGGAGGUUUUCCUAGUGCCUUGAAGGAGCAACCAGAGAUGCCUUAUGGUGAAGCAUCUGUAAUUUCUCCAAGGUUCUGUAAGAAUCAUAUUUUUCAAAAUGAUCAAGGAGGAUCAUGUAAUGGGAAACUACUCAGGAACACUGUUAUCCAUGCUUCUCAGUGGAGAGAUGUCCCAAGCAAGGUCAAAGGGAUUACUAAUGCCAUGUGUGGAGAUACUUCUGCUAAACACAAUAUUGGUACCACACAGGCAAUUGAAUCCUUUACAGAGCAUGAAACUUCCAAUAUUUCUUCUGGGUCUUAUGCCCCUGCAAUCACUAAGCUGUCAGUUGACGUUAGCAACAUGGAUUGUUCUAGUGCUGAUGCUGGAAAUACUGGAUGCAUUAGUAAUCUUAAUGAUGAAGGGUCCGGCAUUGAGAAAUGCUGCUCAUCAGAUGAUGCACAUGGAAGUGAAAGAAGCCCAGAAUUUCUUGGUGAUAUUGGCAAGACUAACUUGAAUGAGUAUGCUUCUUCCAAUAAUUCAAACAAUCAUCCAUCGAGAAGUCUUCUUGAUGAGCUCAAGCUCAUAGAUACUAUGACAUGGAGGAAAGGUGGAAAUCAAUUUGAACCUGGAAUAACCCUUUUAAACGAGGAGACACUUUCCAAUAAGGUUAAUAGAUGCUUGAAAAAGGGGAAGAAGAAGAGCGGCCGUUCAUCUUUGUUACAGUAUAAAAGUACCAAACUAGCUAAUUCUUCUGAAUUUUCAUCUUCUGACUCCUCCAAAAGGACAAAAAUGCUUUUCUUGUCCAAUGGCAAAGGAAAAUCUUUUGAAUCCUGUUUUGAUCAACAUAAUUCUAACCAUAAACUUUCUUUAAUUUCUUCCACGAAGAAACCUCCUCGUAAAAGAGAUCUCUGCAAUCUUUAUAAUGACAGCAGAGGGAAAGUUGUUUGUUGCACAGAACAAAGUCCUAGCAAUUGUGAAAUUCCAGGGGCAUCAAAUGCAGAGAAAUUCAAGAGGGAAUGUAUUUUCAAUAAUGAGACUAGAACAGUGAAGACAUACAAGUUCACAAGUGAGAUGAAUUCAUCCUGUAUUUUGCAGGAAGAUGUUUGUCGGUGGAAAUCAAGACCAAUUGUAUGUGGGAAGUAUGGAGAACUAUCUGAUAGUGACUUGGUGGAAGAAAUGUCGAAACCGGCAAAAAUUGUUCCUCUUGGUAGAGUCCUUAAACGUGCGAAAAGGUGCAAACUUCCCAAGAAUGAAAAAGCUUUAUUUACUUCUAUGGAAGAGUUGAAGAUAACAGGAAAUGGUGGUACUGAUGUUAACUGUAAUCCAUUUCACCUUUUGGAGACCAAUAAAAAAAGUAGAAGCCAUGAAACUGCUGUCUCUGGUAAAAUCACUAAAGAGGAUACUUUCUUGGAAACAAUGAAGAAUGGAUGCGACAACAGAGAUAAGAAGUACGCUGAAGAGUUUUCUGUGUUGGAGAUAGAGACAAAUAAUAGAGCCGAGAAAGAUAAUGCAAAAGGAGAUUGCAUUCCCCAUGUUCGGAUGAAGCUCAGACCUAGAGAAAAUCGGAAGCGCAGUAUUCACGAUCUGACAACUGAUGAGGAUCAACUUUCAAGGAAUGAUGAAGAUAUGAAGCAUGAAUCAUGCAAGAAUGAUGAAGAUAGGAAGCAUGGAUUAUGCAAAGUUGCUGAAAUAUCUCUACAAGAGCAAACAUGCACUUCAUUUUGCUGUGUCUGUGGUAGCUCAAACGAAGAUGAAAUUAAUAAUAUACUGGAGUGCAGUCGCUGUUUAAUCAGAGUACAUCAAGGUUGCUAUGGCGUUUCCAGAUUACCGAAAGGCAAUUGGUAUUGCAGACCAUGCCGUACAAAUUCAAAGAAUAUUGUUUGUGUUCUUUGUGGUUAUGGAGAUGGUGCAAUGACUCAGGCAUUGCGAACUCGCACAAUUGUGAGAAGCCUUUUGAGAGUUUGGAAUGUGGACAUAGAAUGCAUGUCUAGAAAUAAGCAUUUUUCUGCCAAUCCUUUUCAAAACUCACUGAGCAGGUUGGAUUUCUCUGAUUCAAAAUGUGGAGGUGCCGCUACCUCAUUCCCUGUUCGACCUAUACAUACCAAACCGAUGGCUUCAUCUGUCUUCCAAGUGGAUAUGCCUUGUCACUUAAAUGCUGUACAGAUUUCCCCCAUUAGUGAGUUCAGGGUAGAUAAUAGUAUAACAGCAGGAUUACUUGAUUCAACAACUAAGCAAUGGAUUCAUAUGGUUUGUGGGCUUUGGACUCCUGGAACACGAUGCCCAAAUGUUGACACUAUGAGUGCAUUUGAUGUAUCUGGUGUUUCAUGUCCACGAGCAGAUAUGGUUUGCUCUAUUUGUAAUCGACCUGGGGGUUCGUGUAUAAAGUGCAGAAAUCUAAAUUGUUCUGUCCGGUUUCAUCCUUGGUGUGCUCAUCAGAAGGGUCUGUUACAAAGUGAAGUUGAAGGUGUUGAUAAUGAGAAGGUUGGGUUUUAUGGAAGAUGUGUGCUUCAUGCUACACAGUCAAUGUGUGAAUCUGAUUGUAACCCAGGUGAUGGGGUAACUGGUAGUUCAGGGUCAGAGGAAGUAACGUGUGCGAGGACUGAGGGUUACAAGGGCCGUAAACGAGAUGGUUUCUGGUAUAAAAAAUUUUAUAGUCAAAUUAAAGGCAGGGGUGGAUGCCAUGUUCCUCAAGAGCAAUUAAAUGCUUGGAUUCACAUUAAUGGGCAGAAAUCUUGCGCACAGGGACAUUCAAAAUUGACAAUAUCAGACAUUGAACAUGAUUGUCGGAAGGAAUACGCUCGUUAUAAACAAUCAAUGGGCUGGAAACAUCUGGUGGUUUACAAGUCUGGCAUACAUGCUCUUGGUCUUUACACAUCUCGCUUCAUAUCUCGGGCUGAAAUGGUUGUUGAGUACAUUGGUGAGAUCGUAGGGUUGCGUGUUGCUGAUAAGAGAGAAAAUGAGUAUCAGUCUGGAAGAAAACUUCAGUACAAAAGUGCUUGCUACUUUUUCAGGAUAGAUAAAGAGCAUAUAAUUGAUGCUACUUGCAGAGGCGGAAUUGCUCGCUUUGUUAAUCACUCAUGCCUGCCAAAUUGCGUUGCCAAGGUGAUUUCUGUAAGGAAUGAAAAGAAGGUUGUCUUUUUCGCGGAGAGAGACAUAUUCCCUGGAGAGGAGAUCACGUACGAUUACCAUUUUAACCACGAGGAUGAAGGUAAGAAGAUUCCAUGUUUCUGCAAUUCAAAAAAUUGCAGGCGCUACCUGAACUAAGAUGAUGUAUCUACUUGUUUCUCGUUGCAAAAUGUUUGUAAAUUAUUGGGGAAGAUGUAUCUUCAUUGUGGGUUAUGUAAAUAGGAUCUCAUCAUCAAAUAGAGACUAAUUAUUAUUAUGGUAAAAGUGCAAAGCCAAACGGGUACAUAGGUUGGUUGCUCUACACCCUUGCUCAUCAAAUAGAUGAAGGAGAGAUGAUGUAUUAGUGGCAAACUAUUAUAAUUAUUAUUAUUGUUGUUGUUGUAGUA